AUGGAAGACCCCCUCGACCUCCCCUCCCCCACAACCACGAUCCUCACCCUCACCAAAUUCCACGCCACCCUCGCCACCCUCCUCCUCGCCACCACCACCACCGCCGACGGCCACCUCACCCUCGUCAGCGCGCUGGCCUACGCCCACUGCUGGAGCGCCACCCUCGGCUUCGCCUGGUGGCCGGUGUUUCACGUGCUGUGCGUGGGGCUGGUGCUGGCGCUGGUGGGGGACAUGCUGCUGGUCGGGGUGAGGGCGGUGGAGGGGCGUGCUGCUGAGCGUGGUGCUGCGGAGCGGGGUGGUGGUGGGAAUGGCUGGGGGAUGGAUCAGUUGGUGGGGAUUGCGGCUAUGGUUGUGGUCGGCGGACCGCUCGGGCUGUUGGUCGUCAUCGCCUGCCCCGGUGUGGGUUGGUAUUUGCGUCGUGCGGGCGAGAUUCUCAAGUGGAUCUUCCCGUAUACUGCCUCUGCGCUUGGGUUCAUUCUGAAGUGGCUGCUCCGGAGUCUGCGGGUGGUACUGGCGUGGUUCUUCUGGGCGACUCGGCUGGCAUUCCGGACUUUCCGGGGCACGGACUGAACGGGGAGAAAGCUCGACUACCACCACGGCAGAGUCGAGGAAACGGAUAUGAGUGUCGGGUGAGGAAAGCAAUGGGUAUCUGAGGAUCGGUUGGGAGUCGGGCCUUGGCUUCUAGAUGUGGCCGAGACGUGGAACGGUCUUCAUAGCAACAGCUCGUAUACUACGUUGCCUCAAUGUGUCAUCUCUCCUUUACGAUCGCUG